AAAAACACUCCAGAGACACUCUAUAGUACAUUUCUUUCCAAUGAAUUUGAUAUCAUUAAAAAUAUAAAUCAUCUAAGAUCAUUGAUUUGCCUCACCAAUUCUUGAUUUAGGAAAAAAAAAAGGAAAUCUGUCUGUUAUAGUUAUGGGAAGCAGUUGCAAUCUUCUCUUUCCUCUUGUGGUUUUCAUUUUGCUACAUGUCCAUACUUCACUGUCUUCUGUUCCCAAUAUUAUUACUGAUGAAGCUGCUCUUCUUGCCUUCAAAUCUCAUAUUUCUUCUUCCGACCCUAACAACAUAUUAGCAACAAACUGGUCUUCUUCCAGCGCUGUUUGCAUCUGGAUUGGCAUCACUUGCAGCUCCCGCCACAAUCGAGUCACAGCUUUAAACAUUUCUAGAAUGCAACUUCAUGGUACCAUUUCUCCACAACUUGGGAACCUCUCAUUUCUCGUUUCCCUCAUCAUCAGCAACAACGCUUUCCAGGGAGAAUUACCAGAAGACUUAGCUCAUUUGCAGAGGUUGAAACUGAUUGAUUUCACAAGCAAUAACUUUACUGGUGCCAUUCCAUCAUUUUUAGGUUUGUUAAGGAACCUGCGGAUUUUGCGCCUUUCGAGCAACAGAUUCUCGGGGGAAAUUCCAUCUUCCCUUUCCAGUCUAACAAAGCUUGAAGUGUUGAGGAUAAAGGAAAAUUUUCUCGAAGGAGAGAUCCCUCGGGAACUUGGUGAUCUUCAUUACAUGACUGCUUUAAACCUGGAAAGUAACCACCUUAAUGGCUCCAUACCACCAUCAAUCUUUAACAUUACAACAAUGCGAUUCAUUGCUCUGACCAACAACAAUCUUACUGGCAAGUUGCCAACAACUAUAUGUGACCAUCUUCCAAACUUGGAAGGGCUUUACCUCUCAGAAAACAUCCUAGGUGGCAUUAUUCCACCAAACUUGGCAAAAUGCAAGAAGCUCAAAAUCUUGUCAUUGUCUGUCAAUGAGUUCACUGGAACUGUACCAAGAGAGCUGGCUAACCUAACAGCACUUACAGUAUUAUAUCUUGGGACGAAUAGUUUGAGUGGUUCUAUCUCUGCUUCUAUCUCAAAUUCUUCAAAACUCACCCUACUUGAUCUUUCAUUCAACAGUUUCACAGGUCCGAUUCCUGAAUCACUUGGUAAGCUGGAACACCUUGAGAUUUUGAACUUGGGAAGGAAUAAUUUUUUCAGUGAUUCAAUGUCAUUGAGAUUCCUGACAUCUUUGACAAACUGUAGGAAAUUAAAAUUAGUUGGUUUAGGUGAGAACCCACUGGGUGGGUUUUUUCCUGCAUCAGUUGGGAAUUUCUCUGACUCUCUUCAAGUUUUUGAAGGUCCGGAUUGUAAACUGAAGGGUGUCAUUCCUGAAGAAAUUGGAAAUCUUACUGGAUUGAUAAAGAUGAGUCUGUUUAACAAUGAGUUGACAGGACAUAUUCCAAAAACUUUCCAAGCCAUGCUGAACCUUCAAGAACUUUACCUGCAACACAACAAGAUAGAAGGAAAUAUUACAGAUGUUUUCUGCAAUUUAAAAAAUCUCGGUGCUUUAGGAUUGUCAGGAAAUCAAUUAUCUGGUCGCGUGCCACCAUGCUUAGGCGAAGUUAGCACUUUGAGAUAUCUUUAUCUAGCUGACAACAUGCUUAAUUCAAGUUUACCUGAAAGCUUGGGGGGCCUUCAUGAUCUCAUGGAAUUCAAUAUUUCAUCAAAUUUAUUGAGUGGCCAAAUUCCUAUAGAGAUCGGAAAUUUAAAGGCUGCAAUAUUCAUAGAUCUAUCAAAAAAUGAUUUUUUUGGUAAUAUCCCUAGUACUCUUGAGGGUCUAGAUAAAUUGAUUGUACUUUCUCUAGCACAUAACAGAUUAGAUGGACCUAUUCCCCAUUCAUUUGGCAAAAUAUUGGCUUUGGAAUUCUUGGAUUUGAGCUAUAACAAUCUUAGUGGAGAAAUUCCUAGGUCACUAGAAGCUCUGGUGUAUCUCAAAUACUUGAACUUCUCAUUCAAUAAACUAAGUGGAGAGAUUCCCACUGGUGGUCCUUUUGCAAAUGCGACAGGACAAUCUUUCUUGUCCAAUCAUGGGCUUUGUGGUGAUUCUAAGUAUCAUGUGUUACCAUGCAUCAUCAAAUCUCAGAAAAGGUCAAAGAGAAAGAAGACAAUCUUAGUUUUGUACGUCCUUUCGGGAGUGGGUCUUCUAUUUCUUGCAUUAGCCCUCACAUAUGCCUUUUUAAGAUUGCGAAUGAAAAAGAAAAAUGCAGGUCAAGCAGAUUUGUCUCUGGAAGGGCAUGAAAGAAUUUCCUAUUAUGAACUUGAACAAGCAACAGAAGGAUUCAAUGAAAGCAACUUGCUUGGUAACGGGAGUUUCAGUAAGGUCUACAAAGGGAUACGUAAGGAUGGUACUCUUUUGGCAGCAAAGGUAUUCAACGUGCAAUUCGAGGGUGCAUUCAAAAGUUUUGACACAGAAUGUGAGAUGUUGCGCAAUCUACGCCAUCGAAAUCUGACCAAAGUCAUCACCAGUUGCUCCAAUCUUGAUUUCAGAGCCUUAGUGUUGGAAUACAUGCCCAAUGGGACACUUGAUAAAUGGUUAUACUCUCACAACUUGUUCUUGAAUUUGUUGCAGAGAUUAGAAAUAAUGAUAGAUGUUGCAUCUGCAAUGGUCUAUCUCCACAAUGGCUGUUCAAAUCCAGUGGUGCAUUGUGACCUGAAGCCAAGCAAUGUCUUGCUAGAUCAAGAAAUGGUUGGCCAUGUCAGUGAUUUUGGCAUUGCAAAAUUGUUGGGUGCAGGGGAGACCUUUGUUCAGACAAGGACAAUAGCAACCAUUGGAUAUAUUGCUCCAGAGUAUGGACAAGAUGGAAUAGUAUCCACAAGCUGUGAUGUUUAUAGUUUUGGCAUCAUGAUGAUGGAAACAUUUACAAGUAUCAGACCAAGUGAUGAAAGAUUUACCGGAGACUUAAGCAUACUUCGUUGGGUUAGUGACUCUCUUCCAAGUGGAAUUCAUAAGGUGGUGGAUGCUAAUUUGGUACAGCUAGGGAAUGAACCAACUGAUGCAAAGAUGCAGUGUCUUUUAUCUAUCAUGGAAUUAGCUUUGAAUUGCACUUUAGCUACACCUGAUGCAAGAAUUAGUAUGGAAGAUACUCUUUCUGCACUAGGAAAGAUUAGGCUUCAGUUUGUCAGUAGUCGCCGCUAGGUGUAAUACCAGACUGUUGGAGCCCCAUUGUAACACCCCGUAAAAAUUCGUGCAUGUGUUAGCCUCUAGUAGUAUACUGAAAUAGUUGGAAAGAUUUGAAUAUUUUUCUAAGUUUUAAAGGGACUUUGUCUCAUUUUUAGCUUCCAAACUUUGGGGAUUUUAUUUUCGGUCUUUCCGACCUCCGAUUUUAGAAUUU